CGUAACAUGAUGGGAACAAUGACAACAACCCCCAUGUUUAACGACACAAUCUCUAUGCUGAACACGACGACAAAUUACACGGAGGAGUACAAGAGAUGGUACCUGGAACAGCUGCGGCAACAUUCCCUCCGCAUCAUGACCCCCACCAUCGUGUUCCUCACAGCUGUAGCCGUGGUUGGAGCUGUGGGGAACUCCCUAGUUCUGCUGGUCUACACCAGGAGUUUCACGUCAAAACCCACGAGAAUUUUUAUAUUGACGCUAUCUAUUUUUGACUUGAUAACAAAUCUCUUUGUUAUACCACUGGACAUACAUAACUUGUUUAAGUGCUGGAUUAUUGACAUACCUUCAAUCUGCAGGACUAAAAGUUUUCUGUACACGUUUAACACUCUAGGAUCAUCUCUAGCACUGUUGGCUAUUUGUGUUACAAGGUACAGAAAAAUUUGCAAACCAUAUGCCAAACAAGUAACAGUAACCUCAGCUAAAGUUACCUGUGUGGUUAUUGCCCUUGUGUCUCUCUUCUUGGCCACGCCUACCGCUGUCAUCAACGGUGUACAAACCGUCAAAACGCCUACUCCGGGAAUCUUUGGAAAGCAGUGCUGGACAGAUGACGCUUUUGCCCGCACCAUCUUGCCUAGCCUGAACGCCUACUUGUUCAUUGCAUUGUUUGUUCUAAUCUGUACGCCGCUAGUUGUUUUGUACAUAAUGAUCGGGUGUAAAGCACACAGGAGAAAGUUUUUUAGAGGCUCUACUAUGAAGACUGCGACUAAAGCCCAUGAGAAAGGAUCCGAUUCCACGAAGGAGAGUUCGGAGUGUAGAGUUUGUACAGAUUCAGACAGCAAAUGUUCUGGUGCCACUGCUGACAGUAAUGAUAUCUCAAGACAAAAUACUGACAUUCAAUUAGAAAUAAACCACGAUAAAAACACAUCUUCGAAAUUGACGGACGGUGUUCAUAAUUUAUCAAUUGAUGAAAACGAGUCACGUCAAAACAAGGAAGAAUUACAUUGUUUAUUAUCAGAAUCUGAUGUAGCGAGUGAACUUAAAGAUGUUGAUGAAGAUAUAAUCAAGACUCUAUCAUCAUCUGGUAGUCUAAAUAUAGAUAACAGUAUCAGGGAAAUUCCCGAGAGCCUAUCUAUUAGAUCAGACAAAACAGACCUAAUAACAUUAACAGAAUCAGGAGUAGAUCUAGAAACCUCUGCGACAAAGAAUAAAAAUAAUUGUACCGAAUCCAAAAACAGAGAAGAUUUUUUAAAAAAAGACACGCAAUCAAAAAAACGAAACAAUAGCAAUUUAUUCAGUACAAUUCAAAGUAAAUUCCGAAGAGACCGGAUAACUCGAAUGUCCACGAACACCAUCAAAGGUUCAAACCGCACUACCGUCAUGCUAGCCAUCAUAACCAUAGCGUUUAUCACGAGUUUCCUCCCCUUCCUGUCCGUCAUGUACUGUAAGUUAGCGGCGCCCAAGUUAUUUUUUAACAUGAGUCCACGGCUGAAGUCUGUGUAUGAGUUCAUGUUGAGGUCAUACCUUCUCAACACAGCAGUAAACCCGGUCGUCUACAGCCUCUGUGACGUCAAUUUCCGGAGGGAAUGUUUCAAACUGCUCAGGUUCUGGUAGCUCAUAGCGUAUAUCAAGUAUGACCACGUUAUGCUUUUCGAUAGGUUGACGUUAAUACAUUUAGGGUUCAUCCAUCAAUAACUGGACUUUUUAAAAAAAAUAUGUACUGAGGUCUGUCAAUGUUUAAAU